GCCAGCUCUCCGGGCCAGUGUGAAGAGUCUCACGUAGAGCAGAGGCUGAGGGGCUGGAAGCUGCCUGGAAAGAGGGGUGGAGGGAACAGCAGGAUAUAAAACACGGGCCGGGACCGGGCACUGGUAAAAAGUGCGAAGAGUGGCGCAGCCCUGAGAAGAGGUGAGAGAGUCGUUCCUGCACUAACCCACGCAGAUCACUAUGCGGUGUACAAUGAAGGCCAUGAAGGUGCUACAUGUCUUGCCCGCCUUGGUGCUAUUUUCCUUAUGUCAAGCACAUACUGAUUUCUUCACUUCAAUCGGUCACAUGUCUGAUUUGCUCCACACUGAGAAGGACCUGGUGACGUCCCUAAAAGAGUAUAUAAAAGCAGAAGAGAUGAAGCUGGCACAGAUUAAAAAAUGGGCGGAGAAAUUUGAUGCAGUGUCAGAAAUUGCUAUAAAGGACCCAGAGGGGUUCCUGGGUCACCCAGUCAAUGCUUUCAAAUUAAUGAAGAGGCUCAAUACGGAAUGGCUAGAAGUCGAGAAUCUGGUGCUCAAGGAUAUGUCAGAUGGAUUCAUCUCUAAUCUUACUAUCCAACGUCAGUAUUUCCCAAAUGAUGAUGACCAGAAGGGAGCGGCUAAGGCUUUGCUUCGUCUACAGGACACGUAUAACUUAGACACAGAGAAAAUGUCCAUGGGAAAUCUGCCAGGUGUAAUACAAAAAGCUACAUUGACUGCUGAAGACUGCUUUGACUUGGGCAAGGUUUCCUACACUGAAGCUGACUAUUACCACACUGAGCUCUGGAUGGAGCAAGCUCUGAAUCAGCUGAACGCUGGAGAGGAAUCCUCUAUUGACAAGGUCUUGGUUCUAGAUUACCUUAGUUAUUCUGUAUACCAACAAGGAGACUUGGACAAAGCCUUGAUGCUAACCAAAAAACUACUAGAGCUAGAUCCUGAACAUCAAAGAGGGAAUGGCAAUCUACGGUACUUUGAAUAUAUCAUGGCAAAACAGGCAAAUGAAUCCAUCGCAUCCAAUUCUGGUGCAGUAGAGCCUACAGCAAGGAAAGGUCGCCCCAAAGAUCACCUGCCAGAGAGGCAGAAGUAUGAGAUGUUGUGCCGUGGAGAGGGCAUUAAAAUGACUCCUCGCAGGCAAAAGAGACUUUUCUGCCGUUACUUUGAUGGAAAUAGGAAUCCCAUAUUCAUUCUGUCUCCUACAAAGCAAGAAGAUGAAUGGGACAGACCCCGUAUUGUAAGAUUCCAUGAUAUCAUUUCUGAUGAGGAGAUUGCGAAAGUCAAAGAGCUAGCAAAGCCCAGGCUGAAACGAGCCACCAUAUCAAACCCUAUCACAGGAGUCCUGGAGACAGCACAUUACAGAAUUAGCAAAAGUGCUUGGCUGUCUGGUUAUGAGGACCCUGUGGUUGAUCGAAUUAACGCAAGAAUACAAGAAUUAACAGGGUUAGAUGUGUCCACAGCUGAAGAACUGCAGGUGGCCAACUAUGGUGUCGGAGGCCAGUAUGAGCCCCAUUUUGAUUUUGGAAGGAAAGAUGAACCUGAUGCUUUUAAAGAGCUGGGUACCGGCAACAGAAUAGCUACCUGGCUGUUUUAUAUGAGUGAUGUGGAAGCAGGUGGCGCCACCGUCUUUACAGAUGUAGGAGCUGCAGUUUAUCCUAAAAAGGGAACUGCAGUCUUUUGGUACAAUCUGUUUGAAAGUGGAGAAGGAGAUUACAGUACAAGGCACGCAGCCUGUCCUGUGUUAGUUGGGAAUAAAUGGGUAUCCAAUAAAUGGCUUCAUGAACGGGGGCAGGAAUUUCGAAGGCCGUGUAAAUUGUCUGAAUUAGAAUAACCCAGAUCUACACUAUGUGAAAAAGAAAUUCCUCUCUGCCACAAAGCUUUCCAGACUGUACUUUGCCCAGUUUGCUAGCAAUGAACUAUAAUGCCGUUGUCCCAGACGGGGGAAGAAUCCAUUGUUGGGGAAUAGGAUCCAUUAUUUUUAUUAAGCCUCUCUAAUAUAGAUAUUUAAAUCUACACAGAAUUGUUAGUAUACAUUGCUAAAACCUGGAGGACACGUCCUUGCAAAGAUCUGUACUUCUCUGGCAAACAAUGCAUCUUACCUUUGUGCUUUGGAGACCCCAAGAGCAAUAGAACAGUGAGACAUAUGUUGUUUCAUUGACCACACAUAUGGUGCAGGGUUUAGGUUUGAUUUUUUUUUAUUUUAUUUUUUUAUUUUUUUCAUUUUACCUUCUAAAAAUUUCAGCACCUGGUUAAGACUUUCUAAAUGAGAUUUAUUUUUUGCAAUCAUGUAAUAUAUUGUGAAAUAGCCAUUAACGAUUUUUAAAAUAUCCAAUUUUGUAGUUUAAUAAACACAUAAGAGCCUAACUAGGUGUAGCUUCACUGCAUUGGGAGAAGAGAAUGAGAUAUUGUAUUCCUGGAACCUAUUCUAUGGUUACUGAACACAUUAGUGGAGAUAACGUCAAAAUCAUGUUAUGAAUGCAUUGAAAUGAUCACUCUACAUUUUAAUAACUGCCAAAUUGUCUUACACUUGUGUGCAGCAAGUUAAUAAAGGUACCUACCUGCACACUACCUCUGCCAUUUCCCACGUGAUUAUUUAUAGCAGAGCUCUUCCAGCAACUGAAGGAAAAAACACAUGUGGACGUGUCUGAGCACAGAAAAGCACCAAUAUGUACGUUACUGCAUUCCCCCUCCCUUCCCUUUGUUCUUAGGAAGCGUCAUAUCUGUGCAGAAGGAGCUCAGCUUUCAGUAACAUGUGAGAUGUACAUUAUACCACAGCAGUGCCUCUCAAACUCUGGCCCUUAUUCAGAUGUGUCCUCAAACCCAGUGGUUUACGUACAUAUCCUAUGGUGUGAGACCUGAGAUGCCACACUGCUCACGCGCAGAUCUUGUUCUGUGAGAUCACUCCGUGUCCCCACAGCUGCCAUGUGGGGGAGAAGAUGGGACAGCGCCAUGCAUCUUUCUCGAACUGAGGAAUGCCGGGACCCAUUUCUGAGGCAUGCUGAAAACUGUGUGUGCGUCUUCCAAUGCAGCUUCACUGGCCCGGGCAGCGUGAAAACACAGGCCAUCCUGAGUAACCCAAGGGUUCACACAGGUGACCAGAUGUGUUUUCGGAUGCAGCAGUGGAUCACGAAAGCUUACAAUGGCCUUCUUUCUACUCAAGACGCCUCCUGCUGUUUUUAUACAGUGUUGCGGAGAGUCUUGGUGUAACCUGCUCAAAACACAUCAACCGCACAUACGUUUCUUGUGAUGCAGACAUGGCUGGCUUCUGUUCCCUGCUGUGACAGAUCCGUGCCUUAGCUUUCCUUUGAUCAGGCCAUGGAGUGGUUGUAAUUAUGUUCAGGAAAUGUAACCUUUUCUUCCAUGCUUUAACCAGUCGAAAUAUGCCCCAGCCAAAUUUUGUCUUCCUUGCCCCCAACCCACAUCCCCUUCUAUCAUUUACAUGUUGCUCCAUAAGCUACAUUAAUCAACCCUAAUUAAAGAGUUGCAAAUAUGGUGUUGUAGUUCUGUGAUACUUUACUGUACUUCAAAAUCUAUUUUUUUUUUUUGCAAAACCUCAACUAUUUAUAACCCUUGUUGAAUGACUUUUUGUUUUGUACUUACCUCUGGGGGUUCUGGAAUGUGAAGUGAACAUACUUUAAUGUAAGAACAAUUUUGGCAAAAGCCACACUGUGUUCAAAUAGUGUCCUAUUAUAUUGUUGUGCACUGCAGCCUUCCCCUAAUUACAUUUCAUUUUCAAAUAAAA